CUUCAAGAUGGAAUAGACACGGUUGAGCACAAUGCUGGCGACCCCUCCGAGCUCAGCGGACGCAAGUCCGGACGAGAAAACCGCAAUUAAAUCACACCUGCACUACACACAAUCACUGACGGAAAUUCCACAUCAUCAAAGGAGAAGCAGCAGGUGGUUGAGCCGAAUACAGAGAAGACAUGUAGUGGCAAUUCUUGCAUUCCUUGGCUUUUGCCAAGUUUACGCACUGAGAGUUAAUCUGAGCGUGGCAAUCGUGGCAAUGACAGCAAACAGAACAAUCAUUUCAGAAGGAAAUAUAAAAACUGAACAAGACUUCGACUGGGACAGUAAAUCACAAGGAAUCAUCUUAAGCUCUUUCUUCUACGGCUAUGCAGUAACCCAAAUUCCAGGAGGGUGGUUGGCGACAAGAAUUGGUGGAAAAAAAAUGUUUGGUCUCGGUAUUCUUGUGACUGCCAUCAUUACCCUUUUGACUCCACUUUUAGCUUGGACAGGAUUUUACUACCUCGUAGUAGGUCGGAUUAUUGAAGGAAUUUUCGAGGGAGUGACAUACCCAAGCAUACACGCAGUCUGGAGUCGCUGGGCGCCACCACUAGAGCGGAGCCGAUUAGUCACCAUUGCUUUUUCUGGAAGCUAUUUUGGAACUGUUAUAUCACUUCCAUUGUCAGGAUAUUUGGCGGAAACAUUUGGCUGGGCUUCGAUAUUUUAUGUUUUUGGCGUAAUUGCAAUUAUUUGGUGCAUCGUUUGGCUGAUUGUGGUCAGUGAAACUCCCCAAGAGGACAAACAAAUCACUGAAGAAGAACUUGACUACAUCAGAGCAACAGUCGGGCCUGCAGCAAACCACGUGAAGGUGAACAUGGACCCUCCAUGGAAAAGAUUCGUCACUUCAUUACCGGUAUGGGCGAUCAUGCUAGCCCAUUUCAGCGAAAACUGGGGAUUUUACACCCUGCUGACAGAGCUGCCGACAUUUAUGAACGAUGUGCUUGGAUUUGAUCUGAAACACGCUGGACUGCUGUCAGCUCUGCCGUAUCUAGUCAUGGGGACUGUUGUUCAAAUAGGAGGACAAUUGGCCGAUUACCUAAUCUCAAACGGUCAUCUCUCUACGACAAAAGUCCGAAAGCUGUGCACGUGUGGUGCUUUCAUCUUCCAGACGCUGUUUUUGAUAGCAGCGGCACACGCCACAAGUGCUACCGCGGUGGUGGCUUGCCUGACUGUUGCUGUUGGCUUUGGAGGAUUUGCUUGGGCCGGAUUUAGCGUGAACCCCCUAGACAUAGCACCACAGUUUGCCAGCAUUCUGAUGGGCCUAUCAAACACAGUGGCAACCCUUCCUGGCAUGAUUAGCCCUCUGCUCACAGGACACCUUGUGCAGCGAAAGACCCCAGAAGAGUGGCAAACCGUUUUCUACAUUGCUGGAGGAAUUUAUCUGGCUGGGGCAGUUUUCUACGCAAUGUUUGCAUCAGGGAAGCUACAACGCUGGGCAGAGUUACCGGAUGGAGAGUUGCUGUGUGCUGACACCCACUCACGCGCUUCCACAGAGGAUUUGCCAUUCGGUUCUGGUACAUGUGGCGAUUCAGAUUAAAACUUUUUUCUCUGUCAUGUUUAAUUCGCCCAAGUUGAAAUUUUCUGUCAGACCAAUUUUGUCAAUUAUUGUCGAUUUUUGUGGCUUGUGCUUCAAGAUCGCAGUUAACAAAAUAACGGUUACGUAAUCACAAAUUUCACAAGUCAAUUACAUGUCUUGGAGAUGACCACCUGCCAAAAAUUCUUCAGCAAAUUUUACUAUUUUAAUGCCAUUUUAUGUUUAUAAGAAUAUUUAUCGGUCUCAGAAAGUAAGUUGAAUGGGUACACACACUUGUAAAGGAAGAAAAGGGUAUUCCAGGAGUUAGCUUUUGUAGCCUAAUUCUUAGCCUAAAUUGAUACGCAAUCUCCAGAUUUACAGCAUAAAAACGAUAGGAACAUUUUUUUUAAAUUUGCACAACAACUGCGCUUUGUUGUCAUUCUGACUCGCACAGCAUUAACGGUUUUCCUAAUCCGUACCAUUAUUAUUUGUAUAAUGCACAAUGGUUGUUUACACUACUCCAGCUAGUUUUAAAAGCCUAUAACUACUCCGUAUUCCUCGUCUAUCCUAAUAAUAGUGUCACAUAAUAUAUCAUAUAUAUCUUAUGUUAAAAUAUAUCAAAGUAAAUGUGCUUAGCAAGAAAAUAUUUUUGGGAAGAUACACAAAUAUGCAAUUAUAUUAAUAGCAGUUUUUGUCAUGUGUGCUUGUUUUUCACGUGUUAAUUUUAUUUAGAUGCACCCAGUAGGAAAAACGCGCAUUUCGAAAAGCCCCAACCUGUGAUAACGUAAAUUUGUUGAUCCUAAUUUGAAUUGACCAUUCGUGCAAUUUCUCAGGAUCAAUUAUUCCAAGCAUGAAAGUGCUUACAUUCACUCUAGGAUUACGUUGCUUCGCUUACACUGUUUUCUUAAAGGAUAAAUAUAUCACAAAAUUAUAUUUUAGAACAAAUAUUAAAGGAAAAUGUAGUAAGGAUGUUAAUAUUAAAAUACCCAGUAGAAUAGCACACUCAAAAGAGCAUGCACAAAUAUGCUAUGGAAGCUAAUUGUAAGAUCACAUGAGGACAGGAUUUCUCAAACUGCUUGCUUUGCACUGUUGAUGAUUUAAAGGGUUAAGUUUCUCGUUUGUUGUUAUGUUGACUCACAAGUAUAGAAUUUAAUGUAUGUUUGUGUGUAAUAAAGUGUCUAUACCUGCAAGAACAAAA